GAUAUGUAGUCCAACUCUAUGAGAAAACAGAGAUCCUGUCAUCUGUGCCAUGGGAAUAUGAGAGAACAUGCACUUGAUGACUGUGAACAACAGAGCCAUGGGCAUGUGGUUGAAUGAGUCCUGCACAGAUGACUUCAUCCUCUUGGGCAUCUUUUCCCACAGCCCAGCUGACCUUGCUCACUUCUCUGUGGUCAUGGUGGUGUUCUCAGUGGCCCUCUGUGGAAACGUCCUCCUCCUCACCCUCAUCAGCAUAGAUGCUCGACUUCACACACCCAUGUACUUCUUCCUCAGUCAGCUCUCCCUCAUGGAUCUCAUGUUGGUCUGUACCAGUGUGCCAAAGAUGGCAGCCAGCUUCCUGUCUGGCAGGAAGACCAUCUCCUUUGUGGGCUGUGGCAUACAAGCUGGCCUUUUUGUCUGUCUCGUUGGAUCAGAGGGGCUUUUGCUGGGGCUCAUGGCUUAUGAUCGCUAUGUGGCCAUUAGCCACCCACUGCACUAUUCCACCCGCAUGAGUCAGAGGGUCUGUCUCCAGAUUGCUGGUAGUUCCUGGGCCUUUGGAAUGCUAGAUGGUUUGAUCCAGAUGGUGGUAGUGAUGUCCUUUCCCUAUUGUGGCUCAAGGGUUGUGGACCACUUCUUCUGUGAGGUGCCAGCUUUGUUGAAGCUGGCCUGUGUUGACACCUCACUUUUUGAAACCCUGCUCUUUGCUUGCUGUGUGUUCAUGUUGCUCCUUCCCUUCUCCAUCAUUGUGGCCUCCUAUGUUCGCAUCCUGGGGGCCGUGCUCCAUAUGCACUCUGCUCAGGCUGGUAAAAGAGCUCUGGCCACCUGUUCCUCUCACAUGACAGCUGUCUCCCUCUUCUAUGGGGCAGCCAUGUUCAUCUACCUGAGGCCUGGGCGCUACCGGACCCCCAGCCAUGACAAGGUGGUCUCUAUCUUCUACACAGUCCUUACCCCUAUGCUCAACCCCCUCAUUUAUAGCUUAAGAAACAGGGAUGUGAUGGAGGCCCUGAGGCCGGGGCUAGACUGUUCCAGGAGCAGCAGCCAACAAUGA